AAAAAUGAUUGGAGUUGCAUCAGAAACGCGUACGUAAUGUAGCCUAUAAAGCGCUACAAAUAACAAGUAAUUCCACUAUGAGCUGGCUAGUCUUCUGACAAGUGGUUAUACCCAGUGGUUAGAUUGCCAUAGUUUGGGAAAAUGAUCAUUGACGCCUUAGGGACCUUAAACGACUUUUGCAGCCUCAAAUUCUUACUCCUGUCGACAUUUUUGCUACCAGCCUUCUGGCUCGUGUUCAAGUUUGUAGAAGAACGAUUGUCUCCUUUACAAAAGAUACCUAGUCCACCAGGUGCCUUGCCUUUGAUUGGCCAUGUUUUCGAAGUUCUGCGGCGUGACAAUUUCCUUCAAGCGCUGCGAUCAUGGACUAACCAGUAUGCUCCCAUGUUUGUUAUUCACCCCGGAUUGGGAAUAGGGAUUGGUGAGCCAGAAGUAGAAAUAAUAUUACAAACACUAAUAAUGAAUGACAACUUUAAUACUCGUGUUAAAAAGUCCUUUUAAGCUUGUAUGUUAAUGUUUACCCAGUUCAACAUUUUCAAGGGAAUUUGCCUUUUGACUUUUCAUAAAAUUAAUAUGCACAUGGACAGGCGGACGUAUACAAAACAUGGACUCCCCUGGUCCAUGGACCACCCCUGUGGACCUACAAUCCUGGACAAAAGUCCUUGGGACAGUGCUGCAAUAUUCAUAUUUUUCUGUUAUUUCUCGGUUCCCUCUUAAAACAAUGCAUCCUUUUCAAAAUUUUCUUCUUGCAGUUCUCCUUCCCCCACCCUAUACAAAGUUGAAACUCUGAAAAAAUUCUGGAUACGUGCAUCCAACAUUGUUUGAGGGGUGAGGGGAGGGGCUGGGCCUGUGUUAAUUGGAAAAUGCCCCAGAAAUGCAAAAUUGUCCCAAGACUUUUGUCCACGAUUGUAGUCCAUGGAUCCCUUUGUGGACCUGGGCAUGAACUACCUCUAUGGACCACCCUUAUUUUUGAAGAUGAAUUAAAUAGUCAAGAAACUGUGUCAAUAAAUUAUAGGUAUUACCACAGGAUUAUGGACUCCCCAUAUUAUACACUUGUUCAAAUUUUUAACUAAUGUAAUGAGUUUGGUUUAGUCUGGUGAAGGAGCAACAAUAUUUGACAGGAAAAUUAGGAGAGGCAGGGAGGAAGUAGUCUUCCCACACAGCUUUUUUUGUGUCAUCGUGUUGCAUGAUGACACAAUACGGCUGCGUUGGAGACUAGGGAGGAAGUACAUGUCUAAUAAUGUCUAAUACGGUCUUUAUUUGUACUCACUCUUGCUAACAAUGAAAAUAUUAAAAGUAGAAUUAGAGUACACUCCCCAAGCUUUCCUUCCCUUGAUAGCCCUUGGAAAUGUUUAUUGAUCAGCAAACCUGUUGAAUCCUGCUUUUUGUGUGGAUCAAGCACAAAAUGGCCAGCAUAUUUUCAAACAAUGUGGUGGUUGGUCAGACGUCUUUGCAGACAUAACAGUUACAGCUAUUUCGAGAAAGGUUGUCGGAAAAAUGUGCACACAACAAUUCCGAAAGGUAGUAUGGGAUAUGAUCAAUACACUGUUUCUGAUGACUGUACCUGUCAAACCUCCUUUUGUUGCUUUCCUUUAGCACUUGCAAACACAUUUCCACGGCCUUUCGUACCAAUUCUUUCAAAUUUCUAUAAAGAACAGUGAACUUAAAACCACCCACAAUGCCUUUCAGGAUUGUCGCAUGCACUUUUUCCGACAGCCUUUCUCGAAAUAGCUGUAUAUGAAGGUAAUUUUUUUGCUUGAUGCAUAAGCAGGAUUCUAAAAGUGUGCAGAUGAAUAAACGUUUCCAUGGGUUAUCAAAGGAAGGGAAGACUUGGGAGGGUACACAAAAGCAACAACACAAAAACUUGUUGAUGUAGGAGACUGCUUCCGUCAUACCCCUCCUCCCAUCCUCUUCAAAGAAUGUCACUACUUCACCAGACUUAACUUGUCAAUCCAUGUAUGGAAUUUAAAAAAAAUUGAACAGUAUAUAAUAUGAGGAGCCCAUAACCCAAUGAUAUUGUAAACUGAUGGAAGUUAAUUUGUUCAUUUAAGGUUCGUAAACACUUAUUUAGACCUCUGGUAAAAUUUAUCUUCAUAAAAUAAAGGGUGGUCCACAGGGGGUAGUGGGGUGUUGUUGCAAUUAAACUGCAUGCAGGAUGCAUGCCCAUUGUGAGCCUUGUCUCAUUAACUUGUCUCCCAUUAUUUUCUUCCAUAACUCUGGCCCCAGUUGUUCAAAAACGGGAUAAUGUUAUCUGCUGGAUAAAUCUCUAUCCAUUGGAUGUUGCAUUAAGGUUUCCCUCACACUGUACGUAUCUUCUAGAUAGUGAUACAUCUGGCCCCAGUUGUUCCAAAGCUGGAUAACACUAUCCACUGGAUAAAUCUCUAUCCACUAAAAAACGCAAUUGGUUUCCUAAUACUUAUCCGCUGUAUAGUGAUUUAUCCAGUGGGUAGCACUAUCCAACGUUUGAACAACCCGGGCCUGGUGGAUUAGCACUAUCCAGCAUUUGAACAACAGAAGCCUGUUCAACCGUAGGAAGGUUAGGGAUUCAGAUCCCAGCUGGCACCACUCUUCUGAGGUGACAGGUACAGGUGAGGGGGGAUGGCUAUGGGCAUAAAAUAAAUGAUGAAAAAAAAGCAAAAGAGUAAAAUAAUGAAACCUCAAUGCUUAUACUGUCUUCAAAUUUAUGAGAGCAAAAAUUGUGCUCAUGCAUGGUAACCCUAAGGACCUUCAUGUUUCACUCCGUUAAUAGUGCUACUCAAAUUCCUAUCAGUGACUGUCAGUCAAGUAACUAACUUGACUCCUGCUUGCACCCAUAAGGUGCUCUUAGGGGGGAUAUAUACUUACCUAGUGUGAAUUUCAAAUUCAGACUUUUCAUGUUUUGAGGAGUAUAGCCAUGUCUCUGUUGGGUUUUAACCCAUCUUUAUGUUGUUUGUCACCAUUUCAUCUUGUGUCGGUGUUUUAAGGCCAUGUCACUUGUAAGAGUUUUUUCUUAACAGGGCCUUACGCAUGCAAAAAACAGAGGAGGAGAAGGGACAAUUUUAAAAUGAAAUAGAGAGGGGACUGGGAAGAGGAAGAGCCGGCGUUUCCUGCUUCUUUUCCAUAUUACUCUCACCCCCCCCCCCCCACCCCCCUGGCCCCCCUCCCGUUUUUGUUAUGUGCUAUUUAAAGUUAUGCAUGUCCUUCGCUUCAUGGAUUGUAGUGACCUGGGUCCAUCCCUUUGGUCCCAAUGCACUCUGUUAUGUUUAAGGGUGUUUGACAUACUUUAUACAUUGUUUCUUUAUCAUGAUAGUUUAAAGAGAAAAAAUGUAUAGUAAUGAUUUUUUUUGUUGUUUUCUAAUAUUACAGUACCUGUGUUAUUCUGUAAAAACCACCAUAAUUUUGCUUUUUCUUUUUUUGCUAUUUUUGUGUGUUGUUUAGGUGGCUAUCGAGUCAUGAUUGUUGAUCCAGAGAUUAUCAGAUCUGUAGCUGUUACAAACUGUCAAAAGUUUGCCCGUUCUGACUUUGUAACUAAGGUCAUUCCUAGUAUAGAAAAGGCGUUGUUUGCAGUUAAUGGAAAAGAACAUGCACGUCAAAAAAGAAUGAUUGGCCCUGUGUUUAACUCUUCAAAUUUGAGAGGAUUUCUGGACGUUUUCAAGGAAAAUGCAGAGAAGCUUCUACAGGUAAUCAAGCAAUAAAUUUACAUAAAAAAAACAAGUUUAAGGGAAAGAUAACCUUGUUUAUUGGGGGCAACAAGAGGAGCGUGCAAUCCUAAUCUCCAUCUGCUAUUAUGCAUGUUUGUUACGUAAGUAUCCAUCGUUCAUGUGGAUUCACUAAAAAUGACUGGAAUGCAUAGAACGCAGUCUGAUUACACACAUUUGUGCCGUCCAGUGAUCACUCGUAAUCUGAUCAUGUGCACUGGACCUUCUAUCGAUUCACAUGGAAACUUUUGCAAAAGGCACACCAACAAUGGAGCAAAAGUGUUUUGACCUUCAGUCAGAAGCCUGAAAUUUGCCCGCACCCGCUAACCUUUGGAAUAUUACCAGUUUUAUAAAUUGUCUGGAGUGAGUAGUGUUUUUCUUUUUACUUGUAUUAGCAUUAGUCUGUGAAUGGUGAAAUUAUUUUGUUUUAUUAUUUUUUGGUUUUCUGGUCCUUUCUUUACCCUUUUGAGUAUUGUUAAUGUGUAUAGUUAAUGUAGUACAGUUAACGUGUUUAAAUUCCUUGUAAGAAUUUGCGAUAAACAUCAAUAAAAUACAAAAAAGUUUUAUUAUUUUUAGAUGCUUGGAAUUGGGGAGAGCAGUAAAAUAAAAUGUUGUCGUAGUUAAUUCUGUUAAUUCCUUUAACUUGGAGUUGAUUAAUUUAUGUUUUCUACUGUGAUACACAGCUUUGGUCUGGCCAGUUAAAAGAUUUGAAAUCACCGGAGGGAUUCAUGGAAACAGAAGUUACUAAAGAGCUAAGCCAUCUUACUCUUGAUGUGAUUGGAGAAAGUGCUUUCAGCUACAAAUUCAACUCUGUACUUGGAGGAGACAGCAAGAUUUCUGAGGCUUUCAACACUGUAAUUCAAGGAUUUGAAUUCAAGUAUUUAAUCCUGAAGUUGAUGAUUCCAUUCUUUGAUUACCUGCCCUUAAAAGAAAACAGGAGAAUUCAGUCAGCGAGGGAAAUCUCUGAUAACAUUGUAAUGGAGGUACAUAGUGUAGUUAAACGGAUUAGUAAUAAUGUUAUGUGGAUUGAAUUAAUUAAUGAAAGGGAGCCGUUUCCGUCGUUGUCUCAGUUCAAAGUGAGAAACCAUUAAUAUGAAUAUGAUUUUUUAUUUUCAUGCAAAUAAAGCCCCUUUUCAACAAAGGUUUUGCACUUAGCCUCAAUUUGAAAGUGAGAUUUUGUAACUUGGAAAUGGCCUGUUAACUUCUAUUCAGUAUCAGUCCAAGUGUGCAGAAAUAAGCCUUAAUUCACUCAUGAUAAAUUGCUAUAUUCUCCUUCAAGCUGCUUUGUACUUGCUUUUGAAAAUAAACCGCAGGAGAACUUGAAAUUUUCCUAGCUAUGCUUGUGAAUGGUCAUGAAUAGACCAUCAACAGGUCACCUAUUGCAGUUGUUUCGCAAGAGAGAAGCCUCAACCUCGUUCCAAUGGACUCUUCCGGACUCUCUUCUUUCCAGGAAGAAGUUAGCCCAUAGAAACAAAGUCCGUUGGCCUGUUUACUUCUCGAUACUUCAGUGAUUUUUAGAUUCUCUGCCCCAACGACGCGGCACUGUUAGUGUUUUACAAACUAAUCCCUGAACUCAAAUUAAACAGGUUAUCCUCGACAGGCGCAAACAGAAAAGAGAAGGAAAUUAUGCGCCAUUGAAGAAAGAUCUUCUUGACUUGUUAAUGGAGAUGUAUGACGAAGAAACUGACUCAAGAAUGGACGAUGAAGAAUUAAGGGCCCAGGUAUACAUGGAAGUAUAAUGACUUUACGAAUAGGUGAUAAUGAGGAAUAAAAAAAACUCUAAUAACGCUUAAGCAAUGGGUAUUUUUCUGAAUCUCCAAGGAACAGGAAGUGACUGGGUUCUGCUUAGGUUGGAAAAUUUCAGAGUACUAAUAACCUUUUCAUAUCUCCAGGAUUGUUAUUAUUAUUAUUAUUAUUAUUAUUAUUAUUAUUAUUAUUAUUAUUAUUAUUAUUAUUAUUAUUAUUACUUUUUUUGUAAAUCGGAAAGCGCUUCUAGAGCCUUUGAAAGAACGAAGACCUUUUUCUUAUUUUUUGGUUUCGUUUUGUUUUGUUGGCAAAUUCUAUUGGGUCAUGGAGGGACUCAUGCAGUAGCUUUGAAAGAAACUUAACUGUGGUGCCGAGUUGCGUCGGUAAGGGGGUGAAACAUAAAGAUUUGGUUUUUUAAGUUGAUAAAGUCAUUUUUUACCACCGUAAAAAAAAAAAGAAAACCUGAUGUUUCGAGCAAUAGGCCUUUGUCAGAGCGAUUUUAGGGCCUUUUAUUUCAGCCUUUUGUCUAAUUACUUUAUGAUUUAUUUUGGCAGGUUUUCACUUUUCUUUUAGCGGGAAAUGACACAACUAGCGUGGCCAUGGCUUGGACGCUGUAUGAACUUGCCAAAAACCCACACAUUCAAGAACGGCUAAGAUCAGAGGUUAAGGCACUCUUCCUAGAUGAUGACAAAAUUACAUGGGAAAAACUCGAGAAGUUACAGUUCUUGGAAGAUGUUCUGAAAGAGUCUCUGCGCUUACACUCACCUGCUCCUGUCACAAAUCGCGUCUCCAUAUCAGAUGUUGAAAUAGCAGGGUAUUUUAUACCCAAAGGAACACAAAUUCUAUUUCCCAUUGAUGCGAUUGGGCGUUCACCUCAAUUCUGGUCAAACCCGGACAUAUUUGAUCCAGGACGAUUUGAACAAGGAGGUGAGCAAUAGCUUGAUUUGAAACGCUCAGCAUGGAACCACAAGUUUCCAUUGGGCGGAGCUGGAAGAUGUUCAGUGUAUGAUUUUUUUUACCAACAGAAGCUUUCAUUCUACAGGGACCGCGGAGGGGGAGGGGCUGGUAGGGCCGCGGCCCCACCACUUUUUUGCGCCCCCGCCCCCACUUCUAGCGCUAAAAAGAAAAAUAAUAAUAGUACAAGUUUUUUUCCGUCUAUAUUCCGCUAUAUUCUCUGUAUUUUCUUUAAUUUCAAACGCCAGGCAUUUUGUGGGGCUCCUGUGCUUUUCGCGGUAAUUGUGCCCUGGGGCCGACUUGCCCCUUGAUCAAACGCCAUGCCUUGGCCACCCCUUCGCUUCGUUCGGCAGCGUGUUUUGUACUUCCAGCUCCGGCAGAGUUUUUUUUUGGUCAGAUUUAUCAGACGAAAUAAAGAAAAUUACUAGCUUUUUCAGGCCAAACGAAGCUGAGUAGUUGUUUUGAGUUGAUAAAAGUUUUAUAUUUUGUCUUUCUCCUUUCGAAUCAAUGAAAUAUUCGAUGGCAAGAAGAAUUACAUUACUUGAACGGUGAACACUAAACGGCCAUAGUUAGAAAUUUUUGAGAUCACUUCAGUGUAGUAUUUUCUAUACUAAAAUUGUAAUCGCGUCUUUUCUUGCAUUGAAUCUGAACUGACCGUGUAUGUUGGUCGUUUAUUGAAAAAGUAUUUUCAAUUUGUCAGCCCUCCCACUUUUCACCUUGCUCCGCGGUCCCUGUUCUAAAAUAAUUUCACUAAAGCUUUCCUGCGCUUUAAGGGUUGAAUCGCAUUCAGCGUAAAGCACACAUUCAUUGGUAUGAUCGUAGCAAAAUUGAUCAUGGUAGCCGGUCCAGCUUUAUUCAGUCAGAAGUAACGUUUUACAGUACAUAUCCCCCAAGCUCUACAUCGUUACUGAAUUCUUUGUACUGUGAUAGUGGCUUAUGAUAGUACUGAGAGUACUUUUGGAGUGAAUGCUACGUGUCAGUGCACUUAUUCUCCAGGUUUGUUCAUUAUGAAGUGUAAAUAAAGUAGCUUGUUUCCUACCCUUACCAGCUCCACUUUUUAAGAGGGGCUAUGACAGGAGGAUAUUACUCAGGGGCGGAUGCAGGAUUUUUUUUAGGAGGGGGUGCACUCGUCUCUUGCUCUACUUCAACACCAAUAAACCACAUAUUUUUUUUUUUGCAGAAUACCAGUUGUAUUAGAAAACCGCAGUUCAUCUGGGGGGGGGGGGGUGCGCACCCCCUGCACCCUCCCCCUAGAUCCGCCCCUGUUACUGUUUGAGGUCAAUUCUGUUCUGAAGUCAUUACUUAGUGCCUUUACCCAUACACAACAUUAAUACACAACAUACUCCUGCAGCCUAGUCCCUAGAAGUCCCUAGGCGUUCUCGGCGCGGUCAAUCCUGGACUCUACCGUGAGCUGUGACGUCACCGAGAGUCUUUCCCAGAUUUCGCGCGGACAACGGGUCAAGAGAGAACGCCUAGGGCCUAGGCUGAUACUCCUGUAGAAUUAUGAAGAAGAUAUCAAGGAAAUUUCAUCAGAAAGCACUAGUCAUAAUGGUGAUUUUUGCGGGCAUAGUAUAGACCUUGUCACGGUUUUCGACGCCAUCUUGACUAGUAGGCAAAAGCGUGAGAAAUUACAGUGUUUGUAUGAGAAUCUAAUGUCGAAUCAUUUCCGUAAAACGGCUGUUCUGAACAAACUAUCAAUUGUAAACUAACGCUACAAAGCAAAGGAUUGUCCUAAAAAAAUUGGGUUUCUCCAGAGGCUUUCUUUAGAUUUUCCAUACAUUUGUCUGUAAUUUUCCCGGGACUUUCUUACAGACAAAUGUACAGAAAAUUUUAAAAAGUGGUUCUAGAUCUUGUAGUGCAUGUAACGCCCUCAAAUUUUUUCAGGAGAAUCCUUAGGAGUGAAGCUUUAGUCUACAAAUCAUAUUUUUUUUCAGAACAGCCGUUCUACGGAAAUUAUUCAACAUUAGAUUCUCAUACAAUCACUGUAAUUCCUCGUCAAGAUGGCAUCGAAAACCGUGACAAGGUCUAUUAGAAGUUGACCCAACUGUUUCAAGUUUCAAUCCAUGUCCAUCCUCACCAUCUGUUGCGACAGACGACAGGAAACAGUUUCAAUGCCUAAAUGAUAGUGUUACGUAACAAAACUGGAACAUAAGUUUUGGAAUUUAAUUGAUGCGAAAAAGGUUUAAGCUUUUUGAAAAGAUACCAAAUUGCGUGACGUAGCCCGGUUCAACUCCCGGCACCAUCCGAGAGCGACCAUAAGACUUUUAUAUGAUACUUGUACUUGACUGGAUGAGUUUGUUAUAAAGAAAGAAGGUUUUCGAAUAAACUAUGGCCCGGUGUCACCAGGGGAAUGAAAGUAUUAAGCUUUAUCACAGUGAGUGGAUAAUAGGGAGCAAGAGAUGGCGCAGUGGUGAGAGCACUCGCCUCCAACCAAUGUGGCUCAGAUUCAGUCCCGGCGUCGCCGCCAUAUGUGGUUUGAGUUUGCUGUUGGUUCUCUCCUCUAGUCCGAGAGCUUUUCCUCCGGGUACUCUGGUUUUUCCUCUCACCUUAAAAGCAAACACUUUCAAAUACCAAUUCGAUCUGGGAGGUGCAGACACGUUUAAAACGAGUUCUUGAUGUGCUGCAAAACGUUUUUCAAGAGAAGUAUCUUCCAGCUCUAGCUACAGCAUAAAAAUGGUUCAUCUUCCCUUUUGCUUAAACUCCCUAAUAUCGCGAUACCACCCAUUUACGUCUAUAAGGAAACUCUGUUGUUUUAAUUUUGUCUAUUUUCCACGUCAGGUGUCCAAUCUAGUAUCCAGACCUUCUCGCUUAUUCCGUUUGGGUGUGGUCCGCGCAUGUGUAUUGGUAACAAGUUUGCUAUGAUGGAGAUGAAAGUGGUUUUAGCAACGUUGGUAAAGAAUUUCUCUUUUAGUGAGGUUCCUGGUUGUGUGGUGAAAGAAGCUGCCUGGGCGACUGUACAUCCAAGUGGUCUGAAGUUGCGAAUCAAAAUGGCCUAGACUCGGUAGUAACUUCAGUGUGAAGAGAGCCACAAAAUCUGGCCGAACAGUGUACCGAUUUUUAUAUUAUUUAUUGCAUUGACCCUAGGGUCAGUUUUCAAACUUUUAGAACUUUUUUAGUAAACUUUUUUAAAAAACGUAAGCAAACUAACAGUGUAUUGGCAAUAACCUUUGAACGGUACAGUCAAGUAGCAACCUUAGCGUGCCGAUUUUUAUGUUAUUUAUUGUAUUGACCCCCGGGUCACUUUCCAAACACUUAAAACGUUUUAAGUAAACUUUUUGAAACAUUUAGUAAAGAAAUUUUGCGCAGUUGAAAAUUAAAGGUGGCUUCAUAGCUUAACAAUCCUCCUUCAACUUUGAGCCCUGAGGAAUGAAUGCGGUCAAUACUAGAGUGUUCAUAUCACAGGCAACCCAAGAUCAGUACGACGUAUGAGAGCUUAUAAAAAGUUUAACAUCAUGUGCUGUCACUGUUGUUUCACGUUGCGCUAUCCUCAAAAUGGCCGUGAACAUGAAGGCCUGGAAUUCAGGUAAUAGAUUCAUGAAGAUAAAUUUAAAUACUCGCUG